AUGGGAAAAGAAACACACAGUAAAGAGAGGUUUAGUUCACCUUUAAACCUCGCAAAACUGGCGAAAACGAGAAUAUUCGGAACACCUUCCGAACCACUUUUUAACGACGCAUUUGGAUUGCCACCUUCAUUGCUGGAAGAUUCUUUGCAAACGCUUGCUGAAAUUAACGAGAGAAAUAUGGACAACGCCGACAAAGAUAUGGGCUAUUUCAAAAACGCAAAAUGUGCAGAGUAUAUUUUCAAUUUAUGUGAUGCGUUAACACUACCAGUCGAAGCCAGAUAUCUCGCUGUUGAAAUAUACGACAGGUUUAUGAUCAAGCACAUCGUUGGCUUAUAUCAGUUUAUUCAAACUUCAUCUGGCAUGGAUAAGCAGAAAGAUUGGAACGAGGUGGAGAAUAGAAUAAAAGUACAAAUGCCACUACGAUUGUUGUCCUGCGUGCAACUCGCCAGCAAACUUUCAUCACAUUGCAAGGCUUUGUCUGCAAGCAAAGUUCGACGAUAUCUAAGUUCAAUGAACCAUCACUUCAGCAACAACAGUAUUCUGAAGUCAGAACUGAGGAUUUUGAAGACACUAGAUCACUGCCUGCCAGUUCAUACGCCCUUGACCUAUAUCGAGACUCUCUUGGAAAUUCUAGGUUUUAACGCUGGCACACAGGUGAAGUUCCUUUACGAAAUCAGCAUCAAACUGCUGGAUCUUGUUUAUAUUCUUCACGAGGAGAUCUACACGAAGCUCCUGCUUGUGGCUACCGGCGAGACACGCAGAUCUGCCGAACACAGACACAAGCUAGCGGUUCUUUCCUCAGAUUUCAUGCUAAUGGCGAGUGCUGUGAUCUCUGCUGCGGGUUUUAUCGUGGACGAACAAGCGAGCGAUGGGAUUGCCUCUCACUUGUCAAACAUCACUCAAAUACCAGAAGCUGAUAUCCUGGACUUUGCUACGAUUGUCGUCGAAAGGGCAAUUCAGGAUCAAUAAAUUUCACCAUCAUAUCAUUACAGUCGUAUGAAAUUACUCGAAUUCAAUUCAGGUUUGACGAGGCGGGUCGAACCAGUUUCAUAUUUCAGAGGAACAGCACCGCGAUGAGGAAUCCCGUUUACCUAAUCAUCAGUAUCAGCCGAUCUUUUCGACCAAGGCAGAGCUCUGGAACUGCAGCUAUUCCAUCAACAUGUCUUCAAAAUUUGAAUUCGGCGAUUGGAUUUUUCUGCUCACCAGCAUUUUUGAGAUGCUCAUGUUCUGUGGUUUCCAGACGGGAUGGUCCUCUCUGGUCUACGUUCUGGUCGAAGAGGGAAUAUACUCUCAUCUCUGCCUCGAAGAGUCUUCAACGAUUCCGCUGGAAUGGAACAGUACAAAUUCUUCAUCACAUCUUGGACCUUCCAUCCGCAACGCGACCUCAAACAACAACUGCAUCGCGCAACAGGAGAUGCUCAACUUGGCAUACACACUUG